AUGAUUGAUCGAACGCAUGCUUUAUGUUCAAAAGUUUGGCAAUUUGUUUUAUGUAUUUUAUUUUCAGAUCAAGGAUCAAAUGAACAUACUAAUAAUACUUUAUUGCAAUAUUUUUCUCAGGAUAGUCUUUGGUUAAAUCAAUAUUCAUUAUUAACAAUAAAUCCAAAUGUAAAUAUAUCAAAUAAUCGAACAAUUAAUUUUAAACAUCUUCCAGUUUGGCGUUUUACAACUCGACGACGAAAACCAACACAUGGUGCUAGUGAAUAUUAUUCCGAUAUUGAAUUAGAACAAUCUAAUAAUACAAAUGAACAAGAUUGUACAUUAAGAAAAUCCUUUAUACAUCGACGUAUAACAAAUGUUGUUUCAACAUCUCAACAAGAUCAUUUUUAUACAAGUGAAACUGAUGAAAAUAAUAAUUCUUUAAAUUCAUAUCAGACUGAAAUGAAUAGCAGUCAAAUUUAUCAAUGUUCAAUAUGUCUUGAGAAAUAUUUUAAUAAUGUUUAUAUAUGUACAUUACCAUGUCUUCAUCAUUUUCAUCGAAAAUGUUUAUUUAAUUGGCUAUAUAAUAGUGAAUAUAAUACAUGUCCACUUUGUCGUUCAUCGGUGAUGGUUGAAUAA